CAUGAGGCUAAUUUCAUGAACAGCACCUCGGGGGAUUCAGAGAGCACUAUUAACACUUCCGAUGAAAUAUGUACCACAGUGUCCUGCCCCCAGUGUGUACAUGAGGCUAAUUUCAUGAACAGCACCUCGGGGGAUUCAGAGAGCACUAUUAACACUUCGGAUGAAAUAUGUACCACAGUGUCUUCAGCACUGGAAACUUAUUCCAGUAAGUUAUCCUGGAAUGUGUCCGAAGCUGGCCCUAACAAAUCAAAGAGCAAGGCGUCCUCACAGGAUGUUUUAUCUCAUCACACCACUAUGGAGGAAGUUCAGUGCAGAGACGUCAACAUAGCAGGUGAAAUUAUCGGUUCAUCUCUCCCACAAACCUCACCUCAGGAGGACCUCAGAGGACAGCCCCACAGCAUGUCUACUGCUGGUCAGAGAGGUGAAAGGACCAGCUCAUCUCUCUCACAACCAGCACCUGAGGAGGACCUCAGAGGACAGCCCCACAGCAUGUCUACUGCUGGUCAGAGAGGUGAAAGGACCAGAUCAUCUCUCUCACAAACAGCACCUCAGGAGGACCUCAGAGGACAGCCCCACAGUGUGGCUACAGCAGGUUCAAAGAACAACAUGACCUCACAAGAUAGAUCAACUCCAUUCUCCAGCAAGGAGGCCCAGGAUGAGGGUCUCAUUGUACAAGAAAAAGACCUCAGCCCAUCCUCCCCAGAAACAUCCCAGGGACACCUCAGUGGCCGGAGACAGACUGCACCCAGAGCCCCCUUUAGAAAGCGGAUUUGGAAGAGCCUACAGAGCAGGAUUAUAAAAGGCCUGAGAAGUUUAUGCUGCUGCAUACCAACAGAAAAGAGGGAGCGCCUAGGCUGCAACAAAAUCCUGCCUGUGAGCUUAGAGGACCAUGGAGGGAGCCAAGGUAACAGUGCUGUUGGAGGCACUGUGCUCCCCCUAAGCUGAAACCAGAGAGUGAAGAGCAGCACGCUGAGGAUGCACAGGGCCGCUGGAGAGAGCCAGAUGAUGACUGGGGAGGAGGGGGCAUGGCACACCCUUCUCACAUCACCUGGACCCUGAGGACUGAGAAAGGAUUCUGGGAGGCAGGUCUGACAGACUCAUGAUCCUCCUGACUCUCCCUUGUAGGUAGGUUCAUGAUGGCUGGUGGUGCCACAAUUGUGCCAGUAAAGUGAAGCACUCUGUGGGACCCGAGAUCCUUUAAACAAGGAUCCACGGAGUGCUGUGAUCAUUAGGAAAACAGGCCUCAGAGGACCUUCCACGCACAGUGUGAUCGUCAUUCCAGCUACCUGUCGCCAGGUGUACCAUGAGCCAUUAGAAGAGAGAGCGGCACUGGAAGCAGAGGAGGACCCCAGAGGGCCUGCCCAGUUUGUAUGUGUUCAAGAUGAGUAUUGCUGACCAGGUUGGAGCCAGACAUAGAGGAGGAAUGAGUUUGCAGGGAGUGUCCAUCUUGUGCUCAUUUGGGAAGGUAGAGUGUGUGGGAACAGGAGCCACGUGAAGCCAAUACAUGGCAUGGUGCACAUUUUCCCCCAGGGCAUCCGGUCCUGUGCAAGGGAAGGCCCACCAGCUGUGCUUUGAGUGGAAGCAAGGUGAAGUCUGGAGUGUUUGACAGUUGGAUUCAGAGAUGGAGCUGGUUCCAAGCGUGAUCGUGGAUAGAAUCUGUUGAUGGAAAAACAAUGGCAACCCCCGGCCUGACAGUGGACAUGGCUGGUGCUGAAGCUUUGUGUCUCCAGGCAGCAGGCUGGGAAAGACUUUUGCUGCCUGUAUGACCCUAUGCUAGGGCUACCAAGGAGACUCCUGGGACUACACUCAGCAAGGGACAUUUUCAACUGGAUGGUGCUUAGAGCAGGAGAUGCCACUCAAGCCCUAACACACUGGAUGGAAGGGGGAACACACAGGUCUCCUUGAUGGAAGAGGCUUCUGAUUGACAGAGAAUUUGGGCCAGAGGCUUACAAGCAGAUGGACUAAGAGCAACAAAAGAAAAUGUCUACUGAUCCAGGUGAAGAUCAGCCAUCAAGGAUAUGCUCAGAGAGAUGGGCAUAAGAUUGCUCUGCAGAAGUGUUACCAAGAAAGACAGGCACCAGACAAAAAGAUAUACGGCACAAAUAUCUGAAUAAAGAGACUGUUUUCUUGCUACAAUAAAUUCCUUUGUAUAUUUGAA